CGGCGGCUCAGCAGCCGUGCAUUUCAGAUCCGAGAGCAGUGGAGGAGGUCUCGUUACUCCUGCAGGUUCUCCGGACCGUCUGCACCGCACCGCAUCCUGCAGGCACAGGACGAGCUGGAAAUUGUACAUCCUCGGAUUCUUUGCUGCUCCAUCCAAAAGUGACGCGUUUUUCUGUUUGUUUUUCGGUCAUGAGUAGAGUGGAGACACGUUUUCUGACGCGUUUCUUCCUGUGUUGAUGAGAAUGUAGCAUGUUGCACUGCUGUCACCGCAUUGUUGUUAUUAUUAUUAUUUUUUUUAAUCUCACUUUUGGGAUUGAACCAAAGAUUUUAAGGCGCUGAAAUCCUCCUUUUUAUUCGUGCGUAAAAGCCGCGUCGCCCGUCAAUGAAUGACGCGUUGUGCCUUGCAUCAGUGAAAGAGAGCUUAACAUUUCACAGGCACUGAUGAGCUCCUGUCGGACAGAGUCUGUGUCAUCUGGGGGAACCUGUUGGAUUAAAAAAAUACCAUUAUUUCAAGGACGCCAAGUUUGGUGCGUCUUGGGUGGAUUUCUGCGCCCUCGGAUUGAAAAUUAAAUCCUUCCUGAGGCGGCUGGUGGGUAGAAACUAUGUUUUUAUGCAACACGAGUAACAUAAAGGACUGGAGCUACUUCCUGUCUCAGAUCUUGCCUCUCAUGAAUAAAACUACGGGCUUGGUGAACAUCGACAAAGCGGAGACCGCGACGACCACUGUGGUGACAUCCCUGCAGCCGGACGGCGCCAUGAGCGCGAGUAACCCGCCUCUCAACUCCAACCACACCUCGGGCACGGAGCACGUCUUCCAGUACUCUUACUCGGAGAGUGACCUGCUGUACACGGACUACCGGACGCCCGCCAGAGACCCCAUCCCGCUGCCCAAGGCGGUCCUCUACCUGGUCAUGGCGGCGCUGGUGGUGGUGGCGGUGGCGUACGCGAUAGUUGGACACCUGGUCAAAGACGUGGUUAAUGACUUUGUAGGUGGCGGCAGGUCGAUCGUCACUGAAGGUGACGGUGGUGAAACCGGUGAACCAGACUGGACCUUUGGGUCGCGUCGAGCCCCCGACCGCAACAAGACCGAGAUCAACUGCAUCACCAGCAGCAUGAACGAGAUGACGGAGCUGAGCGAGAGGCCCCGGCUCCUGGAGAUGAGCUACAUCUCCCUGAACCACACCAGCUGCCUGGGACCCAGCCGGGCGGAGGAGGUCGUGGUCACCGUGGACGAGACGCUGCUGCAGCGACCCCCGGACACUCACUCUGGGACCUAACUGCGACCGCCCCCCCUCCUCCACCUUCCCUGAGAGAAACGAAGCAGCGAAACGAGCUCGCUUUUAUUGGUAAACGUGGAUUUCAAAGUCUGUUUUGAAGCGGAUUGAAGCUUUAUCCACUGGUUCCCUCCCCCUGCAGGGGGCGCUGUGACAGUUAUUGGCGCAGGAGGGGCUCAGAUGCUGAUGUUUUGUGUCUGCUGAGAUGACUGGAAAACGUCCUGACCGAGCUGACCCCGUCUCCAAGUGAUCCCCGAAGCUUUUAAUGUGAAAAUAUGACAUCCAGUUCGCUGUAAACGGUAUUUAAUCACCUUCAAUAUAAAACUCACACUGGUCAGUGCUUAUUGUAAUAUUGCUGGUAGCAGAGUUCAUGAGAAUAUUUGCAGUUAAGUGUCCUCCAGGCUUAGACAUGCUAGUUUUUUUUCUGUAAAUUUGUGUAAAGCACCUUAAAUGGCACCUCCUGCUAAUAUUUUUGUGUAAUAAUCCUGUAAUUACUGAAGAAGGAAAAAAAUAGUUCCACAUUUUUAGCAUAUGUGAUGAAGUGCACCUUUAAGAGCUGUGAUUACACCUGAAGGCAAAAAAGAAAAAAUGAAAUGGUGAAAGCCAUCAUCAGUGUUCACGUUUCCCUCUUCUGAAGCAAAAAAAAAAACAAAAAAACAAAAUCAGCGUUUAUUUAUUCCCCUUUUUAAUGUGUGACCCGUCACGUGAAAGGCUUUUGUCAAAGUGUUUACCUUUUUAUUACCUCACCGUUAAGGGCUACGCUCUGUUGCUGCUGCUGAGUCACUCAGAGAUAAUGGGACUUUUUCUUUUUUCCCUGUGCAUUUGGGACAAUAUGUGGAACUGAAGGGGAAACUGGAGAGGAAGACGUUUUUGUCUCACACUUACAGAGAGCAGACGAGUCCCAGUGCACCCAUUUUAAGGGCAACACCGUGAAAUGGUGUUUUACUCUGCAGCAGUGAUUGAUUUAAGUGUAAAGGUUAAAAAAAUCUGCUCUUUUUUCUUUUUUUUUUCAAGUCAUUGAAUAAAUACUCAUGGACAAAAUGGUGCUUUUUAAUCACUUAUUGUUUUCUCCUCCAGGAAAUGUGCACAUUUUUUUGCUAUUUAAUAGAAACGUAGCCGGUCCGUUA